AUUCCGAUUGCUGACGUUAACUUCGAUCUGACCCCUUGGAUAGAGAAGGGAUACAGUGUGGGUGUGCUGCGUCAGAAUGAGAUGGCUUGGUGGUUUCUGUUUGACUGCUUGAAGAAAGACAGCCUGACAAACAUGGCUAGACAUAUACAUGCUGGUUCCCCCUUCAAGGCAUUCCGUGCGCUCAAGGAUCACUUUCUACCGUUGAGCCAAAGCCAGAUUCGAGUGCAGGAAGAGAAACUGAAGUCAUUGCGCAUGCGUUCUAACGAAAAUCCCGCAACCUUCUUUGCAUCCAUCAGAGAGACGCUUGAUGUGCUGCAGAUGCUUGAGAUAAAGAAGGAUGACAGAGGGGUGUGCAAUCUGAUGCUUGAGGGGCUGUCGCCCGAGUACAAGACUUUGCGUGAGACUCUUGUGGUGUUCUGUUCGAAUGACCCGUCGUUCAUCGAGACUAAAGUGCGUGAGCGUUACCUGGACUUGCUAGCACAGGGUGGUUCCAAGAAGCAGAGUAGUGUUGCUCUGGUGUCUAGGCCUGAGCGGAAGAAGGGUAGCAUCAAGAAACAGCACAACAAGCCGAAGUCUAACUCUGAGUCUGAUUCAUCCCAGAAGAAGUCAUUUCAGGGGAAGUGUUUCAAGUGUGGGGAGAAGGGUCACAUGAAGAUCGACUGCAAGGCUCGCAUCAUCCCUCAUCCCUCCCAGACUGGAAAAUCCGAGGCCGACGAGGGUGAGAGCGGUGAGAAAUUGACUUUCGCGAUCUGAUGUGUCUAGUUGCUGACAUCCCAGAGUACCUUAAAUACGGCGAUGACGAUGACUUGUUUAUUGCCUACAGCGAAGUAGUGAUCCUAACAGACAGCGUUUGACCAGCUGAGCAGCAUGAUGUAUGAUAUUUCCGGUCUGAAGUGUCUAUUGACGUCGCGGGAUGAUUUGGUUAUGAGGGCUGUAAGCGAUAAUAUGAUCCUGAAAGCUGUCAACAAGUCUAGA